AUGUACUUGGAUAGCAAAGAUGAUGGCGCAAUCUCUAGAAAUCUAGAGAUGGAGCUGACUCAGACAUCCCCUCCACACCAUGCUAGCUUGCACGGAAAGGUGGCCGCUGAACCAAUUGCCAGCAACUUCAAUGAGCUUCAGCUGUUAAAGGAGUUUCGUGGAAUGGUGUCUGUUCAGGGACAGCCACAAAAACCCUAUCAAAAUGGAGCAAUAGGGCAGGAUUGCUGUGUUCCCCUUGGGAAGGAUUUCAGCCCGCUCGCCAUGCAGGGGAGGUACCACUUUGGUUUGCCGAAAUUAUUCAGUGCAAGGUCAAAGGACAACUGCUUUACAGAGAAGACGCCUUUGCUGAAGGUUUCCUCUGAGGACAAUGGGCUACGAUGUAUGGCUCUUCAUAAUCCAGAUUUUACCACAGAUGAUGAUUCAUGGAAUAACAGCUCUGCAGAAUUUGAGCAAAGGUCUCACCUGGGAAGUGAAAUGGCUAGCUUGUCUAGAUCUGCUUCCUCUGAGAAAUAUGAACUCUUGGACAACCUUCAUGUCAAGUUCAAUUUAUCAAAGAUGAGAUGCUGUUUAAGAUUCCUUAAAGUUUCAGCCCUUUUUAUCUUUGUAGUGGUAUGCUCCAUUUUAUUUAGCACUUAUCCAGAUCAAGGAGCACCCUGGCAGAUGUUGGCUGUGUCACCAUUGGAAAGUUACUCUAUGAAUAUUACAGAUUUUCGUGAAUCUGCUCUGCUGAAGUUAGAGCUAGGAGGACCUUUUGCAGCAGAUGUGGUUGAUCGGCGGGCAGAGGAAUACAUAGUAGUGCAAAUUGGGCAGAUAGAAGACCCUGGAUCUAGAAGGAGACGUCAGCCCCAGGUCUUAUACAACUGGAGUCUACCUUUAAACUCAAGACGAAAUGAGCAAGUUAUCACAACUAGAAUCUUUGAGAUACUUAACAGUAAUGCAAUCUUCAUAAACAUUCAAGCUUUCCUACAGGAGUCUGCAAUUGUUCCUCUCUCCAUGAAGCAUCAGUAUCUUCAUGCAAAUAUAGAGACACAAGUAACAAUUGCAUCAGUCAUCUUAGCAGGCGUUUAUGUGCUUAUCAUAUUGGAGGUUGUUCACAGAACCCUAGCAGCAAUGUUGGGCUCCUUGGCAGCUUUAGCUACAUUAGCUGUGGUUGGUGAGAGACCAAGCAUGGUCAAAGUGGUGGAGUGGAUUGAUUAUGAAACCCUGGCGCUGUUGUUUGGAAUGAUGCUUUUAGUGGCCAUAUUUUCAGAAACUGGAUUUUUUGAUUACUGUGCAGUAAAGGCUUACCAACUGUCUAGAGGCAGAGUGUGGGCCAUGAUUAUCAUUCUGUGUCUUAUUGCUGCAAUUCUUUCUGCAUUUUUGGACAACGUUACCACAAUGCUUCUCUUUACUCCAGUAACCAUAAGGUUAUGUGAGGUACUUAAUCUUGAUCCUAGACAUGUGCUGAUUGCAGAAGUUAUCUUCACAAACAUUGGAGGGGCUGCCACAGCUGUCGGGGAUCCACCAAAUGUGAUUAUUGUUUCAAAACAGGAAGUGAGGAAGGCGGGUUUGGAUUUUGCAGCAUUUACAGGACAUAUGUUUGUUGGAAUUUGUCUUGUUCUUCUGGUCUCCUUUCCUUUCCUCAGACUCCUUUACUGGAACAAAAAGCUUUACAACAAGGAGCCAAGUGAGAUUGUUGAACUGAAACACGAGAUCCAUGUUUGGAGACUGACAGCACAACGCAUCAACCCUGCCAGCAGAGAAGAAACUGCUGUGAAAUGCCUCUUAAUGCAGAAAGUUCUGACUCUGGAGAUCUUGCUGAGGAAAAAACUCAAAACGUUCCAUAGACAAAUUUCACAAGAAGAUAAAAACUGGGAAACAAAUAUUCAGGAGCUCCAAAAAAAGCACAGAAUAACAGACAAAAUGCUUCUCAUCAAAUGCCUGACUGUGUUGGGAUUUGUUAUCCUGAUGUUCUUUCUCAAUUCAUUUGUUCCAGGCAUUCAUCUAGAUCUUGGGUGGAUUGUAAUGUUGGGAGCUAUUUGGCUACUAGUGUUAGCUGACAUCCAUGAUUUUGAGAUGAUACUAAACAGAGUGGAAUGGGCAACACUUCUUUUCUUUGCCGCACUGUUUGUUCUAAUGGAGGCUUUGGCUCAUCUUCAUUUAAUAGAUUAUAUAGGAGAACAGACAGCUUUGUUAAUAAAGGUAGUUCCCGAGGAUCAGCGUCUAGCAAUUGCUAUCAUUUUAGUACUCUGGGUCUCUGCUCUGGCAUCCUCCCUAAUUGACAACAUUCCAUUCACAGCUACAAUGAUUCCUGUGCUUCUCAACCUGAGUCAAGAUCCUGAUGUUAACCUGCCUGUGAAACCACUAAUCUUUUCAUUGGCCAUGGGUGCGUGUCUUGGAGGUAAUGGGACAUUGAUCGGAGCAUCUGCAAAUGUGGUUUGUGCAGGAAUUGCAGAACAGCAUGGCUAUGGCUUCUCUUUCAUGGAGUUUUUCAGGUUGGGUUUCCCCAUGAUGAUUGUGUCCUGUACUAUUGGGAUGUGUUAUCUCCUUGUUGCUCAUGUCGUACUGGGUUGGAACUCUUAAUAAUUUAUACUUUCAAGACCAAAAGAAGCUUUCUGUCUCGUUCAAUCUAUACAUCAGAGCACUAAGAAGACAUCAUCGAAAAAAAGAAAAAACUCCACUUUAAAAAGCGACAUUUAUUAAAAUGAUUGGCAGUCUUAGAUUUUGUCAUUCAUAACCUUAUGCUCUGUGAACAAUUUGCAGAGCUUAGUACUGAAGUUUAAAGGAUUCAAAUUUUUUGUCAUGGUCAAUAUUAAUAAGCAUAUAAAGAGAUACCCUCACAAGGGAAUAUCUUGUGUCCUGAAACUUUGUCUCAUCACAAUCUGAGUACAGUCACAGAUGGAAAAACCUCAUUCACAAUGGAAGAUGUUCAGUAGUUUCUUCCUAGGGGUUCAUUUGUCUUUGUCAAUAUAUUUAGCUAUUUUAUUAAAAUAACUAACAUUCAGUCUGUACAAGCUGUAACAAUAGACAUAUAAGCAGACAAUCUGUACACUAUAAGGGAUGUACUGUUGCUGUGUUCAAAAAUAAAAACAUACCAAUAAGAAUUUGAUAUGUAAGAAAUUAUUCUUUUGAAAUUAACUAAUAAGUCAUACGCCAUAAUGUAUUUUCAUUUUAAAAUUUCUUGUUCUUUCUAAUCUUGUUGGCCAUAGAAUGUGGCAGAGCAAUGAACAUUUUUUCUUUCAAUUAUUAAUUCAGUUCAUUAGUGGAUUACCCUAAAUCUUUUAAUAGGUUCAGAAUCUACUUGUAAAAUGAAAUCAUACCUUGUCUGUGCUUUUGUUUUCUUUGAUAAUACUAUGUUAAAUCAUAUAUAUUGAUUCUUUCUAUUUGGCUAUUGGACUAGGUCACAUUAUUUAUUGUGAAAGCGAUUUCAAUCCUCAUUUUCUAAGCCUUUCCUGGGAUUGGCCAAAAUUACCCAAAGGUCUGUCUCAUCCUGUGUAAUGCUAGAACUGACAUGCUGAAGAGUGAAACUCAUGUGAAUAGAAACGAAUUUCAGUGAACGAACGCAGAAGAACAAAUGCUGUCACUUGCCCCUGUUUUCUAGAAAAGUGAUCUGGUAAGUGGGAAAGGAAACUGGUAACAGUAUCUUUCCCUUGGAGGAUUUAAUAUUAAUAAUAAAUCACAUAGCUUGACCCAUCUAAGUAGCUGGAAUAGCUGAUCAUUUGCAGGUUGUAUUCCUUGACUAAAUGCCUUUAAAUUCAAAAUAUAAUUUAAUAAGCAUAAUUCAGAUUAGUUACAACGUUCCUUCAAAGAAUGAUUAUCCCUCCUCCAUGUUGCUUCAUCCCAAUAAUGAGCGCAAACCCCAGACCUCCUUUUCAAUAUGUUGGUUAAUAAACAAACA